GUUGGGUGACAUCAGUGGGUUUGGCUCUGGGGCUCAAUGGAAACUGGGUGAGCGGCGGGCUGUGCCGAGCACACGCCGGCUGGAGGGGACGGCGAGCGGUCGGGAGGCGGCAGGCAGCGCCGAGCCGAGCGGAGCUGAGCGAAGGAGGAGAGGGAGGAGGAGGAGGAGGAGGAGGAGGGAGGACGCGCCGGGCACGGCCGCCACCAACCCUCCCCAAUCCUUCGUCAUCCUCCCCGCCGCGGCCGCCUGGCCCCCUGACAGCCGGCGGAGCAGCAUCCCCACACGGCCCCCUUCCCGUCAGGCUCUGACGCUGCGCCUUCUGUGCUUCUUUUCUCAGCACAACUGAACCAUGGAGCUUCGAGUGGGGAACAAAUACCGGCUGGGCAGAAAGAUUGGCAGCGGUUCAUUUGGAGACAUUUACCUAGGAGCCAAUAUUGCAACUGGUGAAGAGGUGGCCAUCAAACUGGAAUGUGUCAAAACCAAGCAUCCCCAGCUCCACAUUGAAAGCAAGUUUUACAAGAUGAUGCAGGGAGGAGUGGGUAUCCCCUCCAUUAAGUGGUGUGGAGCAGAGGGGGACUAUAAUGUGAUGGUGAUGGAGCUCCUGGGGCCCAGCCUGGAAGAUCUCUUCAACUUCUGUUCCCGCAAAUUUAGUCUCAAGACAGUUCUGCUCCUGGCAGACCAGAUGAUUAGCCGUAUUGAGUAUAUUCAUUCCAAGAACUUCAUCCACCGGGAUGUGAAGCCAGAUAACUUCCUUAUGGGCCUUGGCAAAAAAGGCAACUUGGUAUACAUCAUUGAUUUUGGUUUGGCCAAGAAGUACCGAGAUGCCCGGACCCACCAGCACAUCCCUUACCGGGAAAACAAGAACCUGACUGGCACAGCCCGUUAUGCCUCUAUCAACACCCACCUGGGAAUAGAACAAAGUCGCCGUGAUGACCUGGAGAGCCUUGGCUACGUGCUCAUGUAUUUCAACCUGGGCUCGCUGCCCUGGCAGGGCCUCAAGGCUGCCACCAAGCGCCAAAAGUACGAGAGGAUCAGCGAGAAAAAGAUGUCAACGCCCAUUGAGGUGCUCUGCAAAGGAUACCCUUCUGAGUUCUCGACAUACCUCAAUUUCUGCCGUUCACUGAGGUUUGACGACAAACCUGACUACUCAUACCUGCGGCAGCUCUUCCGCAACCUUUUCCACCGCCAAGGCUUCUCCUACGACUAUGUCUUUGACUGGAACAUGCUUAAAUUUGGAGCAGCCCGGAACCCCGAGGAUAUGGAUCGGGAGCGGCGAGAGCAUGAGCGAGAAGAGAGGAUGGGGCAGCUCCGGGGGUCAGCUACACGAGCGCUGCCCCCUGGCCCGCCUGCUGGAGCCAGUGCCAACCGUCUUCGCAAUGUCACCGAGCCCAUGGCCUCCACCCCCACCUCCCGAAUCCAACAGUCCGGAAACACGUCCCCCAGAGCAAUCUCAAGAGUGGACAGGGAGCGGAAGGUCAGCAUGAGGUUACACCGAGGAGCUCCUGCCAACGUCUCCUCAUCUGACCUCACAGGGCGGCAAGAAGUGUCACGGAUUUCAGCAUCACAGACAAGUGUGCCAUUUGAUCACCUUGGGAAGUGAGAAGCAAUUGCCACUGGACCAGUGUUUGCUUAG